AUGGCCAGCGCAACAGUCUCCUACGCAUGGGCGUUUGAUGUUCAUGGCUUUGAAGCUCGGUCGGAGUCAGUAUCGGACAAUCCUGCACCGCCAUCGAAUGGAAAUGGUGUUGUUCAAUUGGAGCAGAGCGCGAAAAGCACAGCAUUUGGUUGUUUGGCAGAUGCAUUGGAUUCCGCGCGUGUCCAAUUAAACGAUAUUGUAACAUGUUGGAAGGAUGCCGUUGGGCGUGAAGAAGACUCUUCUAUGGGGCGCAGUAACCAAGCAUCUGCACCGUUGGACAAUGAAGAGGGCGAGGAGACGGGAGAAGAAGAAGAGGAAGAGGAAGAGGAAGAGGAAGAGGACGAAUAG